AUGGAGAGAGCCUGGAGAUCAGGGGCGCUGUCGGAGACGGCGUCUUGCGCCGACACGCCAAGGUCAGGCUCCGGCCACUCCUCCUGCAAUCUCCAGCAUCGACACUCACAGAGUAUGCUGAGGACACGUGAGGCUGCAGUGGACAUGUCGCCGCGGUUCUCCUACUGCAAGCCUACCAUCAAUCGGGACAGCAAAAUGCUCCACAGAAGGCACUCGCUGAACUUGCCAGAGCAGUCGUUGCCUGGCCGUCACUCCAGGAAAACAACGGAAAGGACUCAGAAGGCAACUUCAAAGUCCAUCGCAGAUUUAGCUGGGGAGAUUGCGGCCCUCGAGCAGGAAGUCAUCCGCAAGGAGCUGCAUCUUCUGACCCUCUACAGAAGGGCAUUUGAUCAGCAUCUACCCGAUUCCUGCAGUUUUCUUAGUGAGGUGGAUCAAGAAGCAAUUAAAAGUAUUGAUGAGGGUGCGCUCCGUCUAAGAGAUAUCAAGCAAUCUGCAGCCUUCAACUUGCCAACUGUCUCAGAUUCUAUGAGUGAGGUAUCGUCAAGACCGGCUUCGAAGCAUUCCAGCCUAGUGAACUUCUUGAAUGCUUCUAUCUCAGACUACGUACCUAAGAUCUCUUGCAAACUAUCGGAGGACAUCCUCGGCUGCAUUGCUUCGGUCUACUGCAAACUUGCAAGCACGCCAUCUCAAGAUGCUGAGUCCGUGACUUCACCAAGUCAUUCUGUUUCAUCUUCAAGUACCUUCUCUCCGAGGCGUCGUAAUGAUAGCUGGAGCCCUCGGUGUACCUUCGAUGCCACCACGAGCCCUCGCCAAUAUCCAUCCGGAAAAGAGAAUAGUGAGCAAAACGUAGGCAUGAUCAUUGUUCCAAGGAUACAUAUAGAUGCUGGCAAGUUUGAAUAUGCGUCAAAAAUGCUGGAGACUAUCAGGUCCCUGAUACAGCGGCUCGAAAAAGUUGAUCCAACAAAGAUGACACAUGAGGAGCAGCUCUGCUUUUGGAUCAACAUCCACAAUGCUUUAGUCAUGCAUGCUUUUCUGGCCUAUGGGAUACAUGAUAAACGCCUGAAGAGCACUGACAUGAUUCUGAAGGCUGCAUACAAUGUGGGUGGUGAAUCAGUAAAUGCGCAAACUAUUCAGAACUCGAUCCUCGGAUGCCAAUCCCAUCGUCCAUCAUUGUGGGUUCGCACGCUGUUCACGCCAGCAAAAAGAUCCCUGGCAGGGUCGACGGCGAGGCACCCCUACGCCCUUCACCAUUCCGAGCCGGUCGCGCAUUUCGCGCUCUCCACAGGAACAUUUUCAGACCCGCCCGUGCGGCUGUACACGGCCAAGAAGAUCCACCACCAGCUGGAGCGAGCCCGGACCGAGUUCAUCCAGGCCAACGUCGCCGUGAAGAAGCAGGCCCUCCUGCUGCCCAAGGUGCUCCACUACUAUGCCAAGGACGCUGCGCUCGAGCUGCGCCACCUCGUGGAGCUGGUGUGCGAGAGCACGUCGGAGACCCAGCGGAAGGAGAUGGCACAGCUCCAGCACCGACUCAGGAAACGGAUCGACAAGUGUGUGGAGUGGCUGCCUUACAAGUCCAACUUCAGAUACGUUGUACAUAGGGAUCUGGCCGAGUAG